AUGUCUGCAUCAGUGCCUUCUCUGGGUGGGAUCCCACUCAAAUACAUUUCACUUGUUGUGUUAUCGGUCCAAAAUUCAUGUCUCAUCAUCGUCAUGGCUCUGGCGCAGGGUGUCGGUCGCAAGCCUUUUUAUUCAUCUACUGCUGUUUUCAUCAACGAGAUCGUCAAGUUGAUUGUGUGCACAGCCAUGACCAUUCAUGAGACCAUCAAGGACACUGGUCGUUUCUACCCACAGGAUUUUCUGAAUGAUGUCUUUGGUGGCGACGCCUGGAAGCUUGCUAUUCCUGCCAUGCUCUACGCUAUCCAAAACAAUCUCCAAUACGUGGCUUCGCACGCACUUGAUCCUUCAACUUUUCAGGUCACCUAUCAACUCAAAAUCCUGACCACAGCCCUCUUUUCGGUCUUACUCCUUCACAGGACUCUGCCCGCUCUCAAGUGGUUGGCCCUGGUCAUGCUCACAGCAGGGAUCGCUCUCGUCAGUGUCGAGGAGUCAAAUAACAGAGCCGCACAACGAUCUAAAAGCGCUGGGGCAGAUCUGGAUGCAACUUCGUCGGCUCUUGGCGCAUUACUAGAGGAACAAAAGAACGAUAUCUAUAAAGCUGCCGCGCCAUCUAAUGAUCGCCCAGAAGUCUUUGUGGGAUUGAUGGCGGUCAUGAUUGCCUGCGUCCUCUCAGGUCUUGCAGGCGUGUACUUUGAAAAGAUUCUUAAAAACACUCAGGGAUCAAUUUGGCUCAGGAAUAUUCAGCUAUCAUUUUUUUCGCUGCCUUUUUCAUUAUUGGCUAUUUAUCUUAAGGAUGGCGAGGGCGUCACGGAACAAGGUUUCUUUGCAGGAUACGACAUGUUGGUUGUCACUGCAAUUGCCUGUCAGUCUGCAGGUGGCCUCAUUGUGGCAGUGGUACUAAAGUAUGCAGACAACAUUCUGAAAGGAUUUGCCACAAGUAUUUCAAUCGUCAUCAGUGCCAUUGCCAGUGUAGCACUCUUUGGCUCCAAGAUCGGUACCAUCUUCCUUUUUGGCACUAUCCUCGUCCUUAGCGCUACUUAUAUCUAUAACCUCCCAGAUAAGCCAGUUAUCAAAUCUAGGCAGCCAGUUGGAUACCUUCCAUGCAGAGGAGAGUCGUCUAGGUUCACCGCACCAAGGAAGUAA